GGAGGGAGGGGGAUGGUCCUUUGUUGUGGCUAUUGCUCAGGCCUGCCUGGAAACUGGAAACCAACAUGGGAGGUUGCGCGUUUGGAUCCUCCGGGGAUCUAUCUUGUGCCGUGGCGGUGGUCCUUCUUUUCGCCGAAGCAUCUCUUGUGGUAAAAGCCCCGCAGGAGAGGUGCCCCAGCAGACACGCGCCACGGAGAGCGCCCGUACCCUCUCGUUGUUGUUUCUGCUGGUCGGACGGCUGAAUCUAGCGAAAACGCUGGCUCACGCGCUUGGAUUAGGGGACUCAUCUGCUGCCGAUCGGCGGAGGGGAAACGAGGAACCAGUGUCAGUGGGAAGCACAGCGGGCACCGAGUACACCGACGCGAGACAGCAGAAGACGAAUAGAGGCGCGCGGAUUUCCUGCUGAGUGGUGACAACUGGCCAGUGCUAUAAUUGCGCUCUUCACCCGUGCUCUUUGUCGGCACUGCUGAGUCGCGUGCUUGGAUUUGCUUGAAAAGGGCAGGAGACCUUUGUGUGUAUCGAAAGUAGGCGUGUGUGUGAGAUGGGCGGGCCUUGCAGCUUGGGAAUAUAUGGACGGAGAGCCACCGGGAUGCCAAGGAUUGGAUGCGAGAGGUGGUGGUAUUUGCCCGCCUACGUGGGCCACAGGACCUUCAGGAUGGGAAACAACACAGACAUCGAACUUCAAGAGCCGGCUCCCGUCGUCCACAACAUCUCCGAUAGCGACACAGACAGAAAUGGAGGAACCGGCGCCCGCCUUCCACGCAGCCGAUGCAGAGGUGGCACAGACUGACCGCCGCCGCCGCCGCAACAGCAACGGCGGUCCCGUGGGCCCCCUCAUUCGUGCAUGGGCCAAGCACACCAGGAGGCUGAGCGACCACCUCGCCCCGGCCGUGUCGUGCAAGCUCGCGACGUGUCGCCUCCACGACCAUAUGGAGGGUCCUUGAUUUCAUGGAAUGGGAAUAUGCUUUCGUGUUCUAUUGUUGCAGUCUCUCUUGGGUAUUUCUUGCUCUAAAUGCAGAUUUUAUUGUCUCGCCCGUUAUUGCAAGAGUUUUUUCUUGAAAACGGGGAAGCGAUUGGCUUGACCAGCGGUGUGCGGUACGCGAGUUUCGUGUUGACGUUAAACUAGCCCCCACCAUUUCCACGCACUGGCACUUUUUAUCACGUUCCA